ACCACCUUGUCACAACGAUUUAGGGUCAGCGCCUCCUCAGACGGGAAGGUGCUGCUCUCGCUGUGGACCCCCCCUCCUCCCCCUCUAUCAGUAUCUCCCUCCCACUCUAUCUCGGUGUUUUAUGUCUGCGUCACAACAAGUCGGUGGAGAGCGCGAGGCAGGGAUGAUGGCGUCUCUGGCGGCUUGAUUCCGGCGCUGCUCUGACAAAAACCCGCCUUAAUAGCAUCAAUAGAGGGGGGAGAGGAGGGUGAAAGCGACGGGAACAUGACGAAACGGCACAGCGGAGGACGGACAAACUAAACUGAGAGACGGACGGACAGUCAGUCAGUCGCCUUCCCCCCUCCACUCCUCCUCCUCCUCCUCCUCUUCGGCUUGACUGACACACAGGCGCUUGGCACAGACAGGGACAUACAUGCACAUCAUCCACUUUUUGCAAACACGCAGGCUGCGCAUCCGAGCGGGUAGUAAUUGGGCAGCGGAGAUCCACAGCAGAUGAGGGCAUUUCAUGUCCAGGCUGCCCAGGAAUCACUGUGACCCCGACGGAAAGGAGUUCGACUUGACAGGAUGGGGGGAGUAAGUGAAGGAGAUGAUGUGUUGGCUCGAUGGAGUGAUGGACUACUGUACCUCGGCAAUGUGAAAAGAGUAGAUGGAGUCAAGCAAUGUUGUCUGGUGAGAUUUGAGGACAACUCCGAGUUCUGGGUGCUGAGAAAGGACAUUCACUCGUUCGCUGCUGGAGUGGAAGAAGUUUGCUGUAUUUGUGACGCCCCGCCUCUUAAAGAACCCCUCAUAAAUUGUCUUAAAUGUCGCCACGGUUAUCAUCCAGAGUGCCACACGCCAACCAUCGAACCGGAAGCUGACAGCGAUUCGUGGAUAUGUCGGCAAUGUGUCUUUGCUGUCUCGACCAAGAGAGGAGGGGCCCUGAAACGGGGACGCUUCGCCCGACUCAUGCAGUUUAUGAAACUCCGACUCCCCUACCAGCUGUCCUCUUUAGACUGGGACCCGCAGCAUCUGACCAAUCAGCAGCAGUGUUACUGCUAUUGUGCCGGACCUGGAGAGUGGAAUCUGAAGAUGCUGCAGUGUGGCAGCUGUGGUCAGUGGUUUCAUGAGGCUUGCACACAGUGUCUGACCAAACCAUUACUGUAUGGAGACCGGUUCUAUCAGUUCCAGUGCUCAGUAUGUACGAAGGGACCAGAGACCAUCCAAAGACUCCCCAUGACCUGGGUGGAUCUGGCUCAUUUAGUCCUCUACCAUCUCUCGCUUUGCUGCAAGAGGAAAUACUUUGAUUUUGACCAUGAAAUCCUGUCCUUCACCAAUGAGAAUUGGGAGUCGUUGCUCCUAGGCGCGCUCUCUGACACGCCAAGGCAGGACCGCUGUCACAAUCUCCUCAACGCACUCAACUCCCACAAGGACAGGUUCGUCUCUGGAAAGGAGAUCAAGAAGAAGAAGUGUCUUUUCGGGCUUCAGGUCCGAGCCCCACCUCCGCUGACGUCCGAUUCGUCACCCCUAAUCACCGACCCACCUAUCAACAUCACGCACCGGAGAAGGUCAGACCCGUUGUCACUGCCCUGCCAGAGGAGAGUGGGGGGGCAGGAGUCACGUAAAUCAAAGCGUCGCAUCAUGGAGACACAGCCUUGUCCACCCCCAGUUGCUGCCAACCCCAUUGAGCUGCUGCCAUGUUGCCAUGGCUACAUGGGAGGGGCCGGCCUUUACAACUCCAGGAAGUCAGAGGAGGAGCUUAGUUUGAGUUCUCCUCCCAAGCGGAUGUACGCCCUGUACCACACCUCAUAUAACGGAAAUACUGCACUCUCCAGGAGUCUCCAUCACUAUAACAGUGUGGAGGACUCCUGCAGAUUACCGCCCCCUUGCUUCCCAUACCCCCUCAACUCCAACGGCAGCCACCAUCACCACCACCUCCAACAUAACCACCAACAUAACCACCAACAUAACCACCAACACAACCACCAACACAACCAUCAACACAACCACCAACACAACCACCAACAUAACCACCAACAUAACCACCAACACCAGACAGGGCAAAAGCAGCUGGAGCCGCACAUCGUACGAGAUCUGCAUCCUUACCAGGCCGGCAUGGGUGGAGGGGGAGGCGUAGGCGGAGGAGGAGGAGGAGGGGGAGGAGGUGGCGUUGGAGGAGGAGGAGGAGGAGGAGGAGGAGGUAUGGCUGUCGGGGGAUCUGAAGGGACAGUGGCAAGGAGCUGGGGAGGAGGGGAGGCUGUGCGGAUUUUGGCAAGACGUGUCACACCUGACGGGAAGGUGCAGUACCUGGUGGAGUGGGAGAACGUGAGUUUGUACUGACACGAACUGAGUCAACACGAGACGCAAUGACUGUUUGGCCACAGGAAAUACUGUGUUUGUAAUAUGUGGCAGUGUUUAAAGUACACGCAGGACAUAAAGAAAAACAAAUCCGUAUGAAUCCAGGUUUCUCUCAUAGUCUCACCUCUACUGAACAUCACUAUAGGUCACUACUCGUUACUAAAUGUCCCUCUUUGCUAGUGUUUCUCUGAUAUUUGUACUGUUAACUUUGGAAUAUGCCUUUUGCAUUUAUCAUGUUUUACAGUGAUGAGAGGAGAUAUUCAAACUUCCUGAUAAUUUUUACAUAACAGGUUGGCUUUUUAAACGUUUUCCAAAUCAGAGAAACUCACAACAGAUAAAAGUAAGACCGCAGAUCCCUAUUGAAGAAGAUUUUGUUUCAGGGUCUCAAAUCUGUGAUGAAAGCCUCUUUACAGGGUUUUUAAAAAGUCAGUUUAGGAAAUUUUUGACCUAAAUUGUUAGCCUCUUUAAUGCAGGGAUGGGAUUUCCUGUGAAAACUAUUUCUUUGGAAUUAUCAAUCCCUUCACAGAAUUCUUUGAAAGAAAGCAGAUUUACGACACUAUGGAACUACAUCCUUUAGAAAGAAUAAUUUGGCAAACAGAUUAAUACAAACUACACUGGCAUAUUGCUUUCUUUUUUAAAAUAAAAAGUUAUUUACAACAUAAUGUACCUUGAUAGAGGGCUUAGUUAUAUAAUGUUCCGACAUUCUAACCCUUAUUGGGUUUUUCCUUAGUUUGUGGUGUGUUGUUUUUAAUUUUAUCCCCCUCCCCAUGACCUUAACCCUUACCUUGAGGAUUCAGGUGCCUAAACACAACCCUCUUUGGGUUUUCUUUUGUUUGUGGUUUGUUAAACUUAAAUUUAUCCCCGCCAGUAAAUUUUUGAUUUGUACUCAUAAAAUUCUGCCUUUGUGAAAAAUAGCCGUAAACUCAGUAUGUCAUUCUGGGUACAGUAUGUCACUUCAUGUCCUAUGGUUGAGGUCACCCAUUGUAGAAGUCUGCAACCAGAUCCUCUUACAUAAACAACUACUAGAUUGUUUACUUCCCAGCUCUUCUCUCAGCUCUACCUGACUCAGCCUCUCUUUGCACAGGAGACACUUGGUCAAAAGAAAAAUUAUAUGAAUAUGUUGGUAUCGGCUAAAAUUAGUUUGGUAUAUUGGCGUAUCUGAUAUCGUACUACUACAAUUGGUAUAUAUAAUUUAUCUAUGGCACAGUGCUAUAAAUAGAUAGAUAAAUGCAUUUAGAGUUAUUGCAUAUCUGCUCAGUUAAAUUUAGUUUGGCAGCAAUUAACUCAUUAGCAGCUUUUAAGUAAAUUUGAGGGUGCAACAGAAGCUUUUGAUUUAAGAGGAGGCUGAGUGGUGGAGGUGAAGCUGUCAUGACAGCACUGCAGUGUGAGCACUGGUGUAGCAGGGAUCAGAGAAAAGGACAUAUUUAAAUCAACCGCCUCGUUGAGAAAACAAGCUAUCUGUUGAGUGUUCGAGUCAUUAAAACAGCUGGCAGUCAGCUGAUAGCAGCUGGAGAUAUGACCUCUCACUCCUGCCUGAACAAAUGGUUAGCUUUAUUGAAAUUACUUGACUGUAAGUGUAGAGAAACAUAACUAUUCAAAUUGUUGCCAUUUCUUAAUGUAGUGCUAUUAGUCUAUCAGCAUUUCUUAUGAAAACCUUAAAGAUGAGCAAGCUUUUAUGUGGCCAAUAGCAGACAGCAUUAUCAUCUUUUGUUUGUUUUUCUUUUUUAAUCAUCUGAUGCUCAGUCGCUCCAUAGGUUUGAUUUGUACAGGAAUCCCUCUUCAGUAAUGGAAAAGAUGAAAACUGGGUGGUGGCUACUGAUUUGCAGCACUGUGACUUCAGUCUGACCUACUCCAAGACACCAACCUGUUAGUCAACAAAUCCUCUGGAAGUUUUCAUAUUUCCUCUCAUCACAGUAUGUUAUUACGAGAUUGUAAACAUGUUAUUACAGGCGUUACUUAUUUGUUUUAUUAUGUUUUGUCAUGAUUUACAUUUAGACUACUGUAAGUAUUAGAAAUAGGAGCCACAAGAGGGCUUUUGUUUUAUAGAUAGAAAUAUAUAUUCACAAUAUAUUGCUAUGAUCGAAUAACUUUAUUUUUAUUUUUUGACGUGGUUGCAUAGUGCCUAAAUGGGUGGUGUACUUACUGAUUGGUCAGCUGAUCUGAGUUGACCAAUCAGUCAACAAACAUAAGAGAUGGGUUCAAAUAACUGUAAAUUACAAAGGAUGACGGAUACAUGAGUACACAUGGCCCAGUAUUAUUUCUUUUUUAAUUAUCAGAACAGACUGUGAUGUUACUGUACAUUCCAAACAAACAACAAAGAAGAAAUGUAUGUUAUAAAAAUGUCUGUUUGAAGUCAACAGAAUGGACAUUAUUUUAAAAAAGGUGGGUUUUUGUUUUUUAUGAAUGUUAUUUGUUAUUCAUAUCAGCCUAAGGUCCAGUCUCUGUUCAGCUUUGUGUCAGAACGCUGCAGGCCGAUAUAAAACUUAGAAAUUUUCUCAAAACCUUUGAUCACACAUCAUAUUAACAACCAAACUAACAUUCAGUAUUCCCCAGUGUGUUUAUCUUCACCAUGAAUAAAAAUAUUUGUAUCAGAGUUGGCCCUUGUAAAAGCAGGGACCAAACAACAACAGUGAGAGACUGAAAAGUGGCAGUGCCAAGCUGCAGUAAUCAGUGAUAUAUGCCAUAACCUUGUAGCUGAUGUUGUGGCUGAUAGCGUACCCUCAGUGGUGUAGAUGCGAGCCAUCUUCCACUCCAGUACCGCCCACCUUUUACCUCAGUGUUGCAAAUUUAAGUUAAUACAUGUUGUGUACGUUCAUCAAAGGUUUUCCUUUUCAUUUCAUGGCAUCUCUGAUGACAGUAAUGUUAAAUAACUAUCCUUGCUGAUGAUAACAGCAAACACAUAGGAAUGCUCAUUCCUGUUAACGUGCUUAGCCUAAUCACUGUAACCGGUUACAAUAAUGGAUUACGGAAAUUGCCAUCCCAGAUUGGAUUUCAUCGAAAGUCUGUAUGUGAUGUUACACCAGUCUGGCCAGAGUAUGUUACGUCCCUUUCCAUCACAGUAAUAGAUCCUUUGCAGAUGACAUUACAAAGCAGCAGUGUGCUGCUGUGGAGCAAGAAGUUAUUUCUACAUAGAGAAACGCUACCAAAAAGGCCAUGUUUGGAGCUGUUUCCAACUAUGCCAAGUGUCCAAAGGGUAAAAAAUUAACCAUACUUUCUUCUUAAACUACUUUUGUGUCCUGAAAGUAGUGAAAAUUCAAGUAGUAAAAAAAAACUUGUCACAAACCUGGACGAUCAGUCUUACACUAUGUUUAGGUAUGGGCCGUUUCCAUAAAGCAGUCUGUUGUGGUUCACUAGAGUUUGCCAUGUUUUAGCACAUUAAACUCAGCUCGUACCUCUGUCUCCUCAGCUGAUGCCAGUGUCACCAACCUCCAGCCUUGCUUGUUUUGGCAGGAAAUCCAUGUCUUUUAAGAGAUCCAGACCAUUUGGCUCAGCUCAGUAGAGCUGGUUGUUUGGCUCUAAAAUUAUUCUCCUUUUGGUAACAGCUUGGAUUUUUGCUUGUGGGUUGAAUAACAGCAAAGGAUGGAGGAAAGGAAACUUGCACUCAAACUAAAGCUAGCUUCAGUGGCUCACAAGAGCCAUUUCACAGAACAGGCUUGUUCAUGAGCCUGAGACCAUCUUUACAUGGUCAGUUUAUUUGGUUGAUAGCACAUCAUCAUUUCAAUUGGAAGCGCGUUUGUGACAAAACAAGUAAUUCUUUAUUUAUUAAAUGGGCACAGCUAGCCUCAUAGUUCUGUACAAGACUUCUCUAGACCCUUGUCACCCUUUGCCAGGUAAAUCAGCUUAAUUGUGGGAAAAAACACUUUUUGUAAAGUAUAGGGAUUAUACUCAAGGUUUGUAGAAAUGUGUUGAUGGUAAUUGCAGGUUAGAGAUCCAUUUAGAGCUGUGAAGCACAAACUUUCCCCCCAUACUCACUAAGUCCUAACAGCUUUCCCCCACUUCCUGACCCAAUGGACAUUCUGGAUUGCAUUAUUGAUAACAACCUACCAACUGAAAAAAUUACCAUAUCUACCUAAUAUAAUUGUGUGUGUGAUGAGGAUCAGGUUUAUCCACAUUUUUUUUAAUAUUCAUAUUUAUUUAUUCUUAUACACAUUUUUUAUUGUCUGUUAUGUCCUGAUGCCGACUAGUUUGAGUCGAGAUGCAUAGACAUCCCUGCAACAUAUUUUUAGUUUUAUACUACAUCAGAGUCUGUCUCUGUCUGACUUUAAGGUCUUUCCCCUUGAUAGUUUGCCAUUGUCCAAGAACAAGCCACACAGUUGAUGGCAUACAUUGAUGAUUACUGCAACAUGGCAAUGAUCUUUCACUUUUCGAUCUUGCUGUCACUCCAGUAAACAGGAAACAAACGAACAUACGUAGCCCCUGAGGUCCCAAAAAGUGCAUAAUCUUAUCUUGUCUCAUAAUUUAUUAUCUGUAAGACACCAUGUGGACCUUUCAUUUUGUGUGGAUCUUUUUGGUAAUGUUUAAUAUCUCUUGUGCACAUUUUAAUUAUCUGGAGCACACAAGUUCUUAUCUUGUGGAUACAAUAUAUGUAAUUAUCUUGUGUGCACAGGCUAUCAUUUAACUUGUGCACACAGGACUAAAAUAUCACUUUUAGGGCUUCAGGGACUCCGUAUAAAUGUUAAACUGAAGAAAGGGAAUAAAAAUAUGAGUUCUUUAAACUCACCUGUGUUACCUUCACAGACCACCAGGGUGCAGUGGCUCACACUUUAAAAUUCACUGUUUUAAAAGUGAUUAAUCAUACCUCUUAUCCCCCUUGAACACAGUCCUCUGUGGUCUAAAUUAAAGGGUUGUGCUGUGCUUUAAUCACAAUGUAAUAAGGAAAACCAGAGGAGGUUUUUGACCCUGUAUAAACCAGCCUUUCUCUGAACAAUUAGUAUAUGUCUCUUUAAACACUAAUCAGCCCUCUCUUGAGAGGGAGUUCUAACACAAGUAUCGUUGUGUGCUUCCAUUGCUUUGGGUGGAGAUACCAGGUGAGGGGCUGGUAUUAUUACACUGACUCAAUGUCAAUGCAUACAGAUUCUGAGUGGAUUGAUUUUGUGGACUACAAACAAAGGACUAGUUUGGCUUAUUUUACCAUUUUUGGGUUGAUUAAUGUGCUGAUUACCCAAUUGUAUGUCUAAAACUCCUAAAUAGUGGGUUUUGCAUGAUUUGUCCUUGUUAAGGAGCAAAGGAGACACCAAAACUCCUCAUUAAAAUGUUUCAGUAUACUCUAGAGUAAAACCAUCCUAAAGUCUACAAUCUCAAUGGUACUGCAUUGAAACAACUCAUCCAUUUACGGCCUGACAAAGGUGUGUUUGUAUAGAAAAGUAACGUGCUGCAGUCGAAUUUUAUCUUUGUGAAAACAGGUUACAUAAAUCUAGAAAACUGUGGUGCAAGUUCAGAGUUUAUAUUUUAUACAGAGGUUUAUUUCAGCAACACGUUGGGUAUAACUUACACAACGUGUACUUUUACAGUUCUGUCUUAAGACUGUAACACAGCUUUAGUUGAAAAAAUGCAGAGGUCAUACUGUUACAACCACAUGGUGAAAAACUGAUUUUCUUCAAACCUCUCUUUUAAGUCUUCUGCACUUUUGCAAACAUUUCAGGACGCUGAAACAAUGUUGAAUCACUAUUUUCCAUCCUCCUCAGUGACUAUCUGACUGUAGUUUAUUAGGAAGAGGUGUGUCGAUCUCUCUAGGCGAUGGUGAUGAAUGUAUUUGUGUGUUUUCUAUGGUAUGUCUCUACCCGUCAAGUGCUUGUUCUAGGUCGUACUCUAGUUGGAACUAAAGCAGAUUAGAAUUAGGAGGAAAUACAAACAUCAACAUUGAGGAACAGCAUUUAUUUUGAGAGAGGUAGUUUUCUUUUUUUGACUAGUAGUCAAGUCCAAGUUCAGUUUGAUGUAUUUUUGGAGAAAUUAUGUUUGUACAUGUAUACUCUGCGUUGACACCUAAUAUGUAACAUGAAUAAUAAAACAAUG